CGGAGGUGGAAAUGCAGUGCUGCGCAAGACGACGUUCAAGCAUAUCCCCCAUCGCAAUGAGAAGUACAGGUAAGCAGCUUCACACAGUGGCGAGCGUGAGGGGCAUGCAGAUGCGAGUAAGAAGGCUGUGUAAGGGGCAGGGGAGCCGCUCGUGCAGGGUGCUCUCUUUCUUCUACACAUAGGCCACGCCCCGUGACGCUUGGUCGAGCGGACGCCGGCUGCCAUGGCAACUGAGGCACAGCAUAUCUGCGAUCCUAGGCUCCUCGGAUCUGAACCAAGCCCGAGAGAAAGUGUUGCGUGCGUUUUAGAAGCGCCGGAGGGAAAGGACGAACUGGAAGAUGGACAGCGGCAAACUACACAUAUCAGUACCUGUGAGCAGAAACAGGGUCAUCUCCAAACUUCCAAAGUGGUACACGCCAGAGUCUUGCUUACAGUUCAAAGAAGACUUCCACGGCAAAGUGAAGGGAGCGUGUCAAAAUCGGCACACUAGGAGUGGGGGGCUCAAUAUUUCAAAAGUGGUUGUCGUUGGUGAUCUUUAUGUCGGCAAAACGUGUCUCAUUAACAGGUUUUGUAAAGAUGUUUUUGAUCGAGACUACAAGGCCACAAUCGGAGUGGAUUUUGAAAUUGAGAGGUUUGAAAUUGCUGGAGUACCACACACCCUCCAAAUAUGGGACACUGCAGGGCAGGAGAAGUUCAAAUGCAUCGCUUCUGCCUAUUAUCGAGGAGCACAAGUCAUCGUUACAGUAUUUGACUUGGCUGACAUCAAGACAUUGGAGCACACCAGGCAGUGGCUACAAGAUGCUCUGAAGGAGAAUGAAAACACUUCCCCAAAUAUCUUCCUGGUGGGCACCAAAAGAGAUCUCUUGUCCCCAGCUGAAUGUGAAAGAACUGAAAAUGAUGCCAUCAGAAUAGCCUCAGAAAUGCAGGCCGAAUAUUGGUCAGUCUCUGCUAAAACAGGGCAAAAUGUGCAGGAGUUCUUCUUCAGGAUGGCGGCUUUAGCAUUUGAAGAAUCAAUGCUUCGAGAACUGGAAAACUCUAGUCUGUCCACUGCCAGGAUUGGGGAGGCCAAUGUGAUCAGAAUUGAUGAGAACGCAGAAGCACCACAGUCAAAGAGAACAGCCGAGCCUGGUCUGGGUUGCUGUUAGCUUGUCGGUACAGGAGACAAACUCUGCCUGUAUGUGCCUCGUGAGGCACGCGUGGACGAUGGACAGCCAUAACCACCGCAUUCAUCUUGAGAUACUCGGCUCGUACUCUUCAGCAGUGGCGUCAUGGCUCCGGGAAAAGCGACCCACUUCACAGCCCAGCUACGACAUUCACUGCCUCUGAAUGUACCCUCGAGAUGAGUCCCCUCACCGACAGGUGCUGUUCCAAGGAGGCCACGGUGCUCAGAUCCCAUUUCCACUACUCAGACUACCAUUGGAGAGUUUCUUCAGUCCUCCUCCCAGUAUAUCAUUCACAAGAAGCGGUUGGAUCAGUGACUUUUGACUCCUCUCUGAAUGGCAUAUUAUUGGUUAGUGGUUUGAUACCAUUACAUCCCAGUUUAAAUAGUUCCCCCCCCCCAUAUCCCAGUUUAAUUAGUCCCCGCCCCCGUCUCACGUUUGUUCACUCUUUUUCCCCAUUAGAUGUCAUUCUGAGAAUGCCGCAUGAAGCCGCAGCAGGUUAGCAAUACCUUUCACUGGACAUUCUCAUUCCCUUAUGGCUUAUUAUAUUUCUUAUGUCCACUCCCUAUUACUUGUAAUUCUGAAGAUACUGUGUGACCCAGUCUUUGGAUACCAGUACCCUCAGCUUAGAUCCCAGUUUAUUUACUAACUCACAGUGUUGAUCUUCUGUCUCCUCACCAGUAUAUCAUUCAGAGGGUACCAUGUGGUCCUCUGGUUAGAUAUUAGGGUUUCCUAGUUCAUAUCCCAAGUCACUUACUCAUUUCUAGAGAGUUUUUACUUUCAAUCCCCUUUACUCUUUUUGUGAUUAACGUGAUGCCAUUUGGUCCAGUGGUUCGACAUUAGUACCUUCCGGUUCUGAUCUAAUCCCACUUGCUAACUUCCCAUUUGUAUGGUGUGCUUUUUGCUCUCCAUUUCUUGUCAUUCAGAGGAGGCCUCAGUAGCCAGUGCUUAGACGUCAGUGUCUCCUAGCUGAUGUGCGCCUGUUCAGCCACUGAUCCCAAGUGCUUCUCUGAGACGUUCACCUCGUUGCCUCUUUCAGUUGCAGCAUUUAAAGGACCUACAAGCAGCCAUUCUCAAGUAACACAGCGGGAGCUGUACUAGACACUGCCCUAUAAAAUUAAAAUUGGACAAACUCACACUUUGGGGGCUGAAAUAGCCAUGCUACAUUAUUAAUACAGCAAUAAAAAGGUUCAGGUCCAGUUCUAUCUUCAUUGUAAUCAGCAGCUCUAGCUGAAAUAGGCCUUGUUGCUGUGUUUUAUUUUUUAUGACCACGUGGCAUCUGGCUGAACCCACAUGACACGUGGUAUAUUUUAAUAAAUAAACUUGACUUUCUGCCUGCUA